CUUACCGCCCCUAAUGGGCUCUUCCUCUGUGGCUGCUUUCUGUUUAACACCGGAUAGCCGUCUCAUUAAGCCUCUGCGAAUGCAAAUAAAGAAGGCUAAUGAACAAACAGAGCCUUCAGAUACCAGGGAGGCGAGCGGGGGAGGCGAGGACUUUCUUGGUGCCGCAAUCUCCCCGGCAGGAUGCUGGAGGCAGUCGAUGAUGCUUUGUGCUCCUUGGGAUUGUUUUCCGUGUUUGUGGCACGGCAAUAACGAUGAUGGGUGCCGCAAGGAGAGGUGCCUUACUCAGAACCUUGGGCGCUGCACUGACGGCCGGGACGCCUCGCAGCGAGGAUGGCCAAUUGUGAGUGGUGGGUGCCUGUUGCCACCUCGGCUGUAGCCCUGGUGCUAUACGCUCUGCUCUUACUGCUCCUUUACAUCAUGCUCAGCAGGAAAAUAGACAGCCACUCCUGCAGCAAGGAGGCGAGCAGCCGUCCUGCACCACAGCCCCAGCAGCCGCCGACCUCUUCGGCCGGAGGGGAAGGGGCACAACGACCGGCCUACGCAGGUGGUGACGUGGCCUGUUCGGACGGGAGCAGUGAGACAUCUUCGGAGACCUCGGAGGAGUCGGAGAGCAGCCCCUCCGGCACACAGGGCCCUCGGUCGCCUGAAAACCUCAAUUACACAUCCCUGCUCUUCCCGGGGAAGGGCCACGGGCCGGGCUCCGCCAGGGACUACGAGAACAUGAAGACGGGCGCGGACUACGUCAACGUGGACCCAAAGAAGAAGAAAGUGGAUUUCUGGGCCUGCUCCAGCCCUGUCGCCUCCAAAUCCAUCGAGUACACGGAGGUGAAGCUGUGACUCCCGGGACACCCCUGGGGGCCAUGGGGGUGCCAUCGGGUCCUGCUGCCGCUGCCCCACGGUGCCUGCAGCCCCCGGCAGCCAAGCAGCUAGGGAUUUCCCUUCCCACCACCCUGAUCAGACCUGGCACGGGCUGAAGCCUGAUGGUUUUUAUCCCUUGUGAUGCCGCAGCCCACUGAGAGAUUUGCUUGGUGCUGUACGUGUUGGCACCACCGCCCCUCAGGGCUGCGGAUGUGGGACGGUGCGGGGCUGCCCCACACCCCGCUUCAGGGAAAUGUUCCCUCCCCAGGCCAAAAUGUGCUCUGCACUUGUACUUGAAGGCUGGUUUUCUCAUCUCCUGAAAGCAAAUGAAUUCCCGUUCCCCCAUGGGAUGUUGUUCAGGGAGGAAAACACAGUCAUUUCCAAAACAUCCAUCUGAACUGCCUAGCAUCUCCUCUGAAUCAUGCUUCCUUUGCUGAUUGUUGUCAUAAAAUCCUUUUAAAUACA